AUGGCUGAUCGCGGACACUUCAAAAGAGAGGAUGAGGAUGAGGAUGAUGCUGAGGAGGAGCUUGAUGAGACCGACUUCAAGGCUCAAAAAGAUGCCAUUUUGCUCGCCAUUGACGUGAGCUCAUCAAUGCUGCAGCAUCCGCCCGCAACAAACUCCAAGAAGGCCGAUAGGGACAGUGCCGUCGAGGCAGCUUUGAAAUGCGCCUACCAUCUCAUGCAGCAGCGCAUCAUCUCUAACCCCAAAGACAUGAUGGGCAUUCUCUUCUUCGGCACGGAAAAGUCAAAGUUCCAAGAAGAAAGCGGUCGAGCAGGCUUGGGCUACCCGCACUGCUACUUGUUCGCAGACCUCGACGUUCCCGCUGCUGAAGAUGUCAAGGCACUAAAGACCUUGGUCGGCGCGGAUGGAGAAGAGGCCGAAGAUGAAGAUGAGGUGCUAGUGCCGGCGGAGGAAGAAGUCCAGAUGGCCAACGUCUUUUUCUGCGCAAACCAAAUCUUCACUACCAAGGCGGCGAACUUUGGCAGCAGACGACUCUUCAUCAUCACAGACAAUGAUGACCCACACGGCAAGAACAAGGAUGCCAAAUCGGCUGCGGCUGUCCGUGCAAAAGACUUGUACGAUCUUGGAGUUGUGAUCGAGCUUUUCCCCAUUACCAGAGACGAGAGGAAGUUCGACCUCGGCAAAUUUUACGAUGACAUCAUCUAUCGAGACCUAGUUGCAGAGGCCAAUCUCUCCGAAACCAGAAACUCAAAGUCCGGCGAUGGCCUCAGUCUCCUCAACUCAUUAAUAUCAAACAUCAACUCCAAAGAAACGCCCAAGCGCUCCCUAUUCUCUAACCUCCCCUUCGAGAUCGCCCCUGGACUCAGAAUCUCGGUCAAGGGAUACAAUAUUCUUCACCGUCAGACCCCAGCAAGAACAUCAUACAUCUGGCUAGACGGUGAGAAACCUCAGCUCGCCAACGGCGAAACGACACGGAUCGCCGAGGAUAGUGCCCGGACGGUUGAAAAGGUCGAGUUCAAGAAGGCUUACAAAUUUGGCGGCGAAUACGUGCACUUUGCACCAGAGGAGCAGAAGUCUCUCAAAGACUUCGGUUCCCCCAUCAUCCGCAUUAUCGGUUUCAAGCCGCGCUCUAUGCUUCCCUUUUGGGCGAGUAUCAAGAAAUCAACAUUCAUCUUCCCAUCAGAGGAGGACUAUGUCGGCUCGACUCGUGUCUUCAGUGCUCUUUGGCAAAAGCUGCUAAAAGACAAGAAGAUCGGCAUCGCAUGGGCUGUCACCCGUGUCAACGCUAGCCCAAUCCUCGUUGCCAUCGUCCCUUCCCAUGAGAAGUCUGAAGACGAUUCAGGAACGCCCUAUCUACCCGCCGGUCUUUGGCUCUACCCGCUUCCUUUCGCUGACGACGUACGCGAAGGCCCCGAGCCCCCAAGUAAUCACGUCGUAAGUUCCAACGAGCUUAUCGACAAGAUGCGCAUCAUCGUCCAGCAGCUACAGCUACCAAAGGCCAUGUACAACCCCAAGAAAUACCCCAACCCAUCGCUUCAGUGGCACUACAAGAUUCUCCAGGUCUUGGCUCUCGAGGAGGAGUACCCUGAAAAGGCGGAAGAUCUCACAGAGCCGAAAUACAAGGCCAUCAGCAAGCGCGCCGGUGGAUACCUGGAUGACUGGGCCGAGACCCUACAGGACGAGACCAAGAUAGCGUUAGCAAAGGCAGCCAUCAAGCGCGAGGCGGACGGCGGCGACGACGAAAGACCGGCCAAGAGAGUCAAGGCCGCACCGAAGGCUGCAAAGGUUUCAGGGUCUGGUAUGACGACGGCGCAGCUCAAGGAAUCUGUGGCCAGUGGUGCGUUGAACAAGAUGCUGGUUGCCGAUCUGAAAGACAUUCUUGCGGCAAGGGGACAGAGCACAGCGGGCAAGAAGAGCUUAUUGAAGGAAGAUUUCAACUUCAAGUGCCCGUCACACAAGUAUGCCAUAUUCGUCGCCCUUCAGGCAGGCGGAGCUAUUGAUGCCUCCUCGUCCUCGUCUUUCCGCUUCUCAGGUUGCCUGCGGGAAGCGCUGAGCCCACCAUCCUACAAGGUGUGUCCAGCCAUUAGCAAAGACGGACGUCACAACAUAUCGCCAGGUCUCAGCCAGCCAGACCUGAAUCCUACAGAAGGAGUCCAGGCUUACGAGGUAACAGCCAAUAUACAAUCUGUUCCGAUCCGCGUCAUGCUUGUAUUGAGUUCAGCUUGUGACAUGGUCUUCCGUCUGCCUUGUUGGCUUCUUCUUUGCCAGCUUGAUGAGAUCUUGAACUCUGAUAGCAAAGAAGAAAUGUCAUCUCCACGAACCAGCGAGCAGACGACCAUUGACGCACCUGAGGAAACCCGACACGAACCUCCACCAGGUUCAGGGAGAGCUGAGUCGAAGCUUUUACAGUGGCCACCAAAAAGACUCAAGAGCGGACUGUCUAAACCCUCAGAAAUUCUACUCAGUCUGCUUUCCUUCCUUCUGGUAGCUGUUAUGGUUACAUACAUUGCGAUUCUACUUUUGAACAACGGACAAGACAUUGAAGCCCUGUCACAGACUUGGACGUUUGCACGCGAAUUUUCCCGACUUGGCCCGACGGUUGUGCCCUUGAUGUUUACUUACAUUGUCGGUAGGGCCGUCAGAAGCUGUGCCCAUUGGAGGUUGCAAAAAGGGGAGCGUAUCGGGGCCUUAGACAGCCUCUUAGGAUCAACGACGCUGACAGGCACGAUCAAUACCAUGGCUGAUCUUAGAAAAGUCGAAAUUUUGGGGUUUACACUACUGAUGGUUUGGUCACUAUCGCCACUGGGAGGACAGGCAACGCUCCGAGUUCUGACCCCGCGAACCGAAGAAAUCUCGUCUCUUGCGACGCUACCAUACCUCGACCAUGAUGUUGGGUACCCCGAAAGGUUUGCUUCAACAGUGCUAUCAGGCCAACAGAUCCCCAUCAACGCGUUGGUCUUGAGUUCUCUUGGAGCCACAGAUGCAGUGAAAAGGUCAAAAGUAGAUACGUGGGGCAACAUCAAGAUUCCCAUGAUCGAGUCAUUUUCAGUUCAUCUUCUGCUUGGAAGCAAUGAGUGGAUUCAUCUGGAUCAGUAUCAGGACGAGGUGGUGUAUUCCGCUCUGCUCGGUAUUCCUGUUGCCAAUAUUCCCCAGAGGCAUAGGUUCAACUUCACUCUCGAGACAUCGUACGUAAAGUUAGAUUGCACCGAUCUACGCAACUUGACAGGCAAUGCAUCUAUGGAAAUAAACAGUUGGCGUGAGGGAUGCGAGAACGGGCGGUGUCAGCGCAAUUUCAAAUGGGGUGGACUUGCUACUGUCCCUAAUCAGCAAGGAAUGCAGAACUCGACUCACGACAAGCGAUGCUCCGACCCUCGAAUCGCAGCCAGAGAAAUGCUUUAUUGGAAUUGGGAGUUGUCAGAAUACUGUGACUCCACAUUUACAAGUUGUUCCAUGACCACGUCGUUCGUUGACGUUCGUGUCUCGUGCUUGGGCUGGGAUUGCGAGGCAACGGCAAUACGGCCAACAAUGCUGGCAUUAGGUGACAGUCGGAGAGCGAACGUGACCUUCUUCGACGAUUGUCCCCAAGAACACGCCACCAUAUGGUCCUGGUUCUUUCGAUACUUCGCAACUUUGGCUGAUAGCGGUGGUGGCGGUGUGCAUUCGACCACUAUCAUUCAGUCGUACUUGGUUGAUCCCAAGUUGGGAUUGAACGCCACGGCGGCUUUCCGCCUCCCGCCAAUUUUCACAGUAGAGAAGAAGCUAUUCUCUAUCCGCCUGGGUCAGCUUCUUAACACCUACUGGUGGGCCAUGAUAGGCAGUGAGCCACUCUUCUUGGGCCAUCCUGAGAAUUACGACAGCGUAACGGUAUGGCCUAAUCAAAGCAGUCUUUGGGGGGCGGCUACAAACGACAACUACGUCUUCUCAAAAGCACAAGCCACCGUUUACAUUAGUUUACAAGUACUUCGAUACAACAAGGUCUGGAUGGCCGUUCUCAUCGUAGCAACUUUGGUGUUGCUUCUCACAGCAGUGCUAGACCUUGCGCUGAGCCUCAACAUUUGGGUCCCAAGGCUACUCAUGAACAUCUCGACUCUGACGAGGGGCAACCCGAACUUUGACGUGCCCGCCGGCGGUGGAGCACUUUCGGACGAGGCAAGGGCAAAGCUUCUAGCAAAUGUCAAAGUCAGGUUCGGUGACGCUGAAGGGGUUGAUGAGUCUUCUGAUCUCGUCAUUGGGAAUUGCGUGGAACACGGGGGUCGCAAUCCAUUAUCGUUCGACAGACAAUACCUUACAGGCUGCUUGGGGGGUCUCACAAGAGAGAUGCAUGUCGGUCUAUUCGGCCGUGACUGCCCGGUGAGGUGGAACCGAUCGGAGAGCUGUGGAAGAGCAACCUCCCGACGGGCUCUCAGGGUGCAAUGCCAAACCCUCGAAUCUUGGCUUCAAGGCAACCAGAUGAAGUGUGCGCGCCAAAUAAGGAUCUUCGGUCGAUUCCAGAUUCUCGGUUUCGCAACUUGCACGGACACUGAAGUGCUGCCCUUCACAGAAGAGGGCGGGUUGCAGAAACCGGUGCUUGGACGGGCGCAGCUAGCGAGUCAAGGCACCCUUGAUGGUUUCACUGGCGCGAACCACAUCACAUGGACUCUAUCUGCCUUUUGGGCCUCACCCUUUGAGUUUGGACUGCGCGAAAGUCUUACAACCGACAUCACAUAUGACCUUUGA